GGAGGACGCGGGGGGAGCGAGAGUCCCAGCAGUGCUGGGUCUUGGUACCUAGGGAGGAGAGGCUGAGGAGUUUGUAAGGUCAGCGGUGGGCACCGCAGCUGAGGUCCCGGAGGGUGGGACGUUUGGCUGUUGCCUGGCACACUGGGGCCUGACCAUGGUGGUUCCUGGAUGCCACCCUGAGUUACCGUCCUCGUGUGUUUGGUCUGCAGACUGACUGGCACAGUGGAGAAACCACCCCGCAAACGGAAAAGCAGUGUUUCUUGGAGUAACUUCGUGCUUUGCUGAGCAGUGACCUCUAGGAACUGUAGGAGCAACCCUGCCGGCAUCAUGUACUUAAAUGUUGGAGAACUUUGAAGGGCCAAGGCAUCUCACCAUCUUUCUACCAAUACUGACUGAAUUUGCUCUUAACGAAAUCAUGUCCUCUGGAGGUGCUGAAGAUGACAUCCCUCAGGGAGAAAGAAAAACAGUCACAGAUUUUUGUUAUCUUCUGGAUAAAUCUAAGCAGCUGUUCAAUGGGUUAAGAGAUUUGCCACAGUAUGGACAGAAGCAGUGGCAGUCAUACUUUGGAAGAACUUUUGAUGUUUACACCAAACUCUGGAAGUUCCAGCAGCAGCAUCGACAAGUCUUGGAUAAUCGGUAUGGCCUGAAGCGGUGGCAAAUAGGGGAAAUUGCUUCUAAGAUUGGGCAGCUAUACUACCAUUAUUACUUACGCACUUCUGAGACCAGCUAUCUGAAUGAGGCUUUCUCCUUCUAUUCUGCAAUCAGACAGAGAUCGUAUUAUUCUCAAGUCAAUAAAGAGGACAGACCUGAGUUGGUAGUGAAGAAGUUACGAUACUAUGCAAGAUUUAUAGUAGUUUGUCUUCUUCUCAACAAAAUGGAUGUUGUGAAGGAUCUGGUAAAGGAAUUAUCAGAUGAAAUUGAGGAUUACACACACCGUUUCAAUACUGAAGAUCAAGUGGAAUGGAACUUGGUGCUCCAAGAAGUAGCAGCCUUCAUUGAGGCGGACCCUGUAAUGGUAUUAAAUGAUGAUAAUACCAUUGUUAUCACAUCCAAUCGCCUUGCUGAAACAGGAGCCCCAUUGCUGGAGCAGGGCAUGAUAGUGGGACAGUUGUCUCUGGCUGAUGCACUCAUUAUUGGUAAUUGUAAUAAUCAGGUUAAGUUCAGUGAACUAACUGUUGACAUGUUCCGGAUGUUACAAGCCCUGGAAAGGGAGCCAAUGAACUUAGCCUCUCAGAUGAACAAGCCAGGAAUGCAGGAAUCUGCUGAUAAACCUACCAGACGAGAAAACCCCCAUAAAUACCUGCUCUACAAACCAACCUUCAGCCAACUCUACACAUUCUUAGCAGCAUCUUUUAAGGAGCUGCCUGCUAAUAGUGUGCUUCUGAUCUACCUGUCAGCUACUGGAGUUUUCCCCACAGGUCGUUCUGAUAGUGAAGGUCCUUAUGAUUUUGGAGGUGUACUUACUAAUAGUAACCGAGAUAUUAUAAAUGGAGAUGCUAUCCACAAACGAAAUCAAUCCCAGAAGGAAAUGCAUUGCCUUCAUCCUGGAGAUCUCUACCCUUUCACAAGGAAGCCCCUGUUUAUCAUUGUGGAUUCCUCCAACAGCGUUGCAUACAAGAACUUCACAAACUUGUUUGGACAGCCCCUAGUCUGCUUGCUUUCUCCUACGGCAUAUCCAAAAGCUUUACAAGAUCAAUCUCAACGAGGUAGCCUCUUCACUCUCUUUUUGAACAAUCCUCUAAUGGCCUUCCUGUUUGUCUCUGGAUUGUCAAGCAUGCGUAGAGGUCUGUGGGAAAAGUGCCAAGAAUAUCUUCGAAAAAUCAACCGUGAUAUUGCCCAGCUACUGACCCAUUCACGUUCAAUAGAUCAGGCAUUUCUCCAGUUUUUUGGAGAUGAAUUCCUUCGCUUACUUCUCACAAGAUUUAUCUUUUGUUCAGCCACCAUGAGGAUGCACAAGAUUUUUCGGGAAACACGAAAUUACCCAGAAUCAUACCCACAGCUGCCAAGGGAUGAAACAGUGGAGAAUCCUCAUCUCCAGAAGCACAUUUUGGAAUUAGCAUCCAUUCUGGAUGUUCGAAAUGUCUUCUUUGAAAAUACCAUAGAUGACUAUUAGAACACAAACCUUCUGGUUGAAACAAUUUUUCAUUUUCCACAGAUUUUAAAUGGUGCAGUUUUCUAAUGUGACAACAGACAUGUAGUGUGUUACUUAGUUUUUAUUUUUUAAAUUUAGGACGACCACCAUUUUAAAACCAAACUGAAAAAAAAUGUUGAGACUUUUAGGGUAACUUUUAAAAUGCAGUCUUUCAAGUCUUUUAAAAAUUCAAUUAAUCUUGGAAUUUUUAUUUUUGGGUUUUGAUUACCUCCAACAUCCAGUCCUAUACUUAAAUAGUCACUGUUCUCACCCUGAGAAGUGUAUUUUUGUAUGAGAAAAAUCCAACUUCUGUAUUUGGAACCUUAAAUGUCUGGAUUUGGAAAACAUGUAAUUGUUCAUAAUGAUGAAACUGGCCAGCAUGGACUACUGAAAAGAAAGAAUAGUGUCCUUCCAUAAUAUUUCUUUUCAUUUCAAAUCAGUAGGUAGAAAAUUGUAGAAAAAUGUGUGCUGUUUUUUAAGUGUGAUUCAAGCAGUUCAUGGAAUACCUUAAAUAACGUCAAAAAUUCAGAAGUGGUUUAGGAUUGAUUUGCAUGUGAAAGCUAAAUCUUUUAGUUGGGACUUGAGGUGAUAAGUGAGUAUUGUGUUAUCAUGAGAUUUAUUUGCAUAUUUUGUUUUCUAUUAACUCUUUCUUGGAAAUGAAAAAAACAAGUUUUAAAUAUUUCAGUAAGAAAAUCAAGUUGUUGGUUUCCUAAUACAAUGUCUUUGGGAGGAAUUCUACUUAUUAACUCAAUUUAAGGUCCAGGGAUGUAGCUUGGUGGCACCGUGCCUGCCUCACAAGCGCCAAGUCCUGAGUUUGAU